AUGGAUGUGCAACAACUCUUCAGAAAUCUUCAGAAAGAGGCAGAGUGUCCGCUGUGUUUAGAGACAGUUAACAAUCCCAAGACUUUGCCAUGUCUUCACUCAUUCUGCCUCGAAUGUCUCGACAAACAUGCAGGCUUCGUAAGAAGACAGCUGCAAGCGACAAUCAAAUGUCCGGUUUGUCAAACAUCUUUUCAAAUCCCCGAAGGCGACUCUUUCAAGAACUUGCCCACAUCUUAUCAUCUCAACCGACUGGUGGAUGUUUUGGCCCUUAACGUUGGCGGCACACAGGCCCCGAAAUGUGGCAGUUGUGAUGAGAACAACACCGCUUCCUCUUACUGUUUCGUGUGCCAGAACUUUCUUUGCACUGCUUGUUUUGAAGCUCACCAACGCUUGAAGGCCACAAGAGGUCAUCGCAAUGUUGUGAUAGAGAAAUUGCAAGCACAAGAUUUGGAGGAUUUGAUCCACAGACCUGUCAUGUGUUCACAGCAAUAUCACGAAAAUCAACCGCUGGAAUUUUAUUGCGAAGAAUGCAAAGUUCCUAUUUGCCACAAGUGCAGUGUAGUUAGCCAUAAUCGACACACCAUGACAGACACUCAGAAAGCCGCAGAAGUACAGAAGAUGCAAAUGAAGGACGCUUUGGAGAAAGUGAAAGCGGAAACCAUUAUCUACGAGAAAAAUAUACGGAAACAAGCCGAGUUAAUGGACAAGAACAGAAACGAAAUUCUGUCCUGCGAAAAGAAGAUGACAGAUUUAGUGGAAGAAUUGAUUCGCGAUUUGCGUGAACAUGAGAGGAUCAUGAAAACCAAAUUCGCUGAAAUUUAUGAAGCGCAACAAAAACAUCACGCAACACAACUAGAAAACUUUGAGUUGGUUUUGACUCAACUGAAAAGUUGCGUUGAACGAGGUGAGAGUAUCGUACAAAGAAACAUCAGUGCUGAAAUUCUGCAAACAAACCAGGCAAUUAUUGAACGCUGUGAAGAACUUCUAAAAGCCAGAAAACCUGACAUUUAUAAGCCUUCACACGUAAGUUAUAUGGUUGAACAGAAAGUGAAGAUUUUGGACUGUAUUGUUGUCAGUGACACAUAUCCUUCGCUGUCGUUGGCUGAAGUGGCAAGUCUGAAAGAUGUAAGAGAAAAAACGGAAACAAAUUUUACCAUUGUAACGCGAAAUUCGGAUGGGGAACAGUGUUAUCAUGAAAAGGAUGUGAUUAAAGUCAGCAUAUUGAGUCCCGCAGGUGUUCAAGUGGAAACAGAAAUAAAAGACACCAAAGACGGCAAGUACACAGUAACAUACACACCACAGUGUGUUGGACAACAUGGAGCAGAGAUUCUAGUGAAUAGACAGCCGCUGACUGGUAGUCCCUGGACUGUGCAGGUAAUUCCGCAUUAUCAAUUUGCGUUUCAGUUUGGAUCAAAAGGGAAAGAGCAAGGACAGUUUGACAUUCCUUGGGAUGUUGCUGUGAAUGAUGAAAGUAGAAUUCUUGCUGUUGCUGAUCGUUAUAAUAAAAGAAUUCAGAUGUUUGGCUUUGAUGGUAAUUUCCUCAGAGAGAUUGCACUGAAGGGUAACCCUUAUUCGUUGGCUUUUACCGAGUCAGGUGACCUCCUUUUCCGUGUUUCUCUUGACUUGUCGAAGAGCAGAAUUGCUCUCUUUACUGAAAAUGGUCAGUUUAUCAGAUGCAUCGGUGAUGAAGAUGUAAAGGAUCCUUUGUACGUAUCUGUUAUCAGUGAUGGUCGCAUAAUCACAAGUGACAUCAGCGACAAGAGAAUCAAAGUUCUUACAACUGAUGGAAAAAAAUCACUUCGGUCGUUCAAAGCCCCGGAUUGUGAUGAAACCCCGGUCUGUGUCGUUUAUCACCAGGAGAAAUUCUUUGCUUCCUUUUCUUCUGCUUGUCGAGUCAUGGUAUUUAACGAAGCAGGAGAGUAUCUACAUGACAUUGGAAGCGAAGGAUCUGGUGACGGACAGUUCUCGAAUCCCACUGGUCUCGCUAUUGACAAGUUUAGCCGUUUGAUCGUUUGCGAUGCGGGAAACAAGAGAUUGCAGCUUUUCACUCUUGAAGGAACGUAUAUCACUCAGAUAGAUGGAAGAUUUUUUAAGGGAGGUCGUCCUCGUUAUGCUGUCAUCUCCAAUACUGGAUAUUUGUUUGUUACUGAUUCUUGUCGAGACUGUGUUUAUGUUUUCCAUUAGCUAUGUGAGCGAGCCAUUGUGUUCUCACUGUGUGGUAACAUAUUUUACUGCUAUGAACCAUUUAAGAUAAUUGAACAGUACCAUUUGACAGGCCAGCAAAUAAUAACUACGAUACAUUGUCUCGGUUUUGUUAUUUGAAAGAAACGCCUCUUGCUCUUCCGAAACGGUGGCGUGAAUACCAUAUUUCUUGUCUUGUAAGGGACUGCCCUAAGUGGACCUCUUUAAUAAUUUGAUGCAACUCACUUAAAUUAAGAGUACACGUACGUAAAACUUGACUCCUUUGACAUGGGCAUAAAUUUUAAUAGGCUUGAUUUCCGCCGAGGAGCGCGGGCUUAUUUUACGGCUGGUAAUAAAGCCAAAGAUUUUAACCGUGUGCGGGUAUGAGGUAACUUCGCGAACACCGGCCAGUCGCGAAGGACUCUUUUAAUUAGAGACAAUUCUCAUUUUGCGUUGUAUUCUAUGUGAGCUGUUGUUGAUUCAUCGUGGUCAGCUGUAAACAUCUGCAGUUUUCUCGAUGUCUUUGCGAUGGAACUGAAGGAUUGAUCCGAGUUUUUCGGCGACAACAACCUUGUUGUGCACAGUGAAGCUGUAUUGCGCGAACUCAUUAGCCUGUAAUGCAGGCGCAAAAAAGCCCCGGGAGGGGGAGAGGAAGAAAAGCGCGAAAAGCAAAAGGGUACCCUCUUCCCCGAUCCGGAGGACAUUGUCCUGAUUACGCUUUUGGCAAGCUUGUGACACGCUCGUGACACGGCGUGGUUAAUUUAGUUCAGUUGGGAGGGUGCUGCAGGGACCAGUUCCUUUAAGGUUGGUCAAGUCGAACAUCCGGGGUUAAUUAGGACACAUUUUUAAAACUCCCUGCUUAGAGAUAUCCCUAACCUGAGAAAACAGCCGACGUCUCGUGAGGUGGAACGAGCGCAGAAAUGUCCCCACUGAUGACGUGUCACUACCCUAAUCUGGGGAGUGCUUUUGAUUGGUUGAAUGUAGCACUACCGAGACCUGGGUAAUGCCACGUCAUCGGUAUGGGAUUUGGGCGCUCUUCCUUAGACGUCAUUUCGCGGGGAAACCGUUGAUGAUGUCACGAUUUGUAGGCUGUUUUCUCAUGCGAAGAGAUAUUUGGUUUUGAAAACAUUUUAUUCUGUUACGAUAAUUAAAAGCUAUAAUCUAAAAUAAUCUAAUGGAAGGUAAGCACAGUUAAAUAUUGAAAAAUUUAUUCACAGAUUUACAAUGUUUAACGCUAAUCAGUCCCUCAGGAACCCUUGCCUGGUCUGCAGGGCUGGAUAUCCCAGGCUCGAUCUCCGGUUAGGAAGGAAUACUAGACAGCCGUUUUUGCUUUUCUAAUUCCGAUGAUUUGGUUUGCUCGGGGUGAGGGACCGGAGGGAGUGGUACUCUCUACAGUGGCCUGUAAGGGGUACCUUUUUCAGGCUUCACGACCAAAAGGGCUGACAGAUGUACACAGAUUUUUAAGGGACAAACUUCUUGGUUAAGUGGUUUAUUUGUCUAUUUAUAAAAUACGGUGCAUUUACAGCAGUUUUUAAACUGCUGUAAAUUGGUAUGUGAAAGGGGUAUCGUUUGUCGGUAGAACGUAAACGAAAGGAAUUCCUUUUCUGUCAAAAACGGUAUAUAAAACGGUAUCAGUGUUUGGACCUCGGGGUGGAGUCUCUCCGUUGAGUCUCUCCAAGUAUCCCCGGGGGCUUGUAUUAGUCUUAUGUGCUGUGUUGACCCUUUAAACCCCAACAUCAACAUUUAAAUUCUCAUCUCUUAUCUAUAUACGUUUUCAAUAGAAGUAGUAGGGAGAAUUUGUUGAAGUAUCAACUAGAUUCAUCUUGUGUGAUCAUGUCCUUAAUUCUCAUGACCACUCUUUUUUUAAAGCACAGAUAUUACAAGGAGAAAUUUGACACUGAUCACUCCUAGGGCCUAAAGGGUUGGUCCGUAAGUAGAGAAAAAUGCAUUCAUUCAUCGAGACGUGUUUCGUUCAUCUACCCAGGGACAUAUGAAAGGAAAGAAAACUUAAUCAGUGCUUGGCAUACUUCUCUUCUUUAUAUGGGAACAGAAUAUCGAUGGUCCGGUAGCCUCCCACGCAGACGAAAGGAAGGAACACGUAACGAAGCAGUAAAAACCUCUGCGUGUGUGUGUGGAGGAGAGCUAUGGUCUGGUAACCAUUAAACGAGCCUCGUCCCAGUCUAAAAUGACUUCAUUCGGAUUAAGGUCAGCCACUCUCUGCUCUCCGGCGAAUUUCCUAAAAUAAUGGUGUGAAAUUCACUUAACACUUUUGACUGGUUAUUGAUGCUACGGAAACUUCUAAGGGAAAAAACAGGAGCCCAUGCACUCCUGAAAAAAAGUGAUAAGUUUAACAUUAAUCAAAUGGACGUUUUCAUUUGUCGACCUGCGCAGUUUUAUCAACGGUUAGUGAAACCUAGAAUCAACCUCGGGAAAUUUCCUUGUACUCAAGAAAGGACGCAUAGAAAUCUGCUAUCGACGAAACCAAAAUCAGGCUACCGUUGAAGAUUUAUUAAACAAUUAUUGGAUGAGGUUGAGCAUGAUAUCAUGAAUUAUCAUAAGCGAGGUCUGUGUUAUCUGCCGAAGCCGAAGGCUAAGGUAGAUAAUACGGUAAAAAAAUAAAGGGCCUGGUUUCAACGACGCAUGUCCAAUUUUUGAAGUAAAAUAAAAAUGGCCAGAAAAAUUAGGUCUGUUUAUAUUGGCCUUUCCUUUAAACAAAGAGAUCGCUCCCAUAAAUCCCAAUGUGUAAGCUGACAGCUGCUGAAGAGACGAGUAUUUUGUAACACUGGCCAUUAUUACAUAAAUUAAGGGGCUUACCUAUUAACAUUAAAAAAAGCAAGUAGGUGUAUGAUUGCGAGUUUAAGUUAGCCUGUAAGCAAGCUCUCCUUUGGAGGAGUCGCGAAAAGUCACGCGAGAGCCGCACGCGAGAGGAGACGUGAGUGCGAGGGGUGGAGAAAGAAACGAAUUCUCCUUUUCCUGCUCCCCUGUCGCUCGCGCCUUCUCUUGCAACUCGCUUCGCUCGCCACUCGAAAUGGAGAGUUAAAGUUAAAGCAAGAGGAUUUAAGCAACGAAGUUUGAGCAAGAUUCCUAAUUUUUAGGUGCAAAAAUAAGACUAUCAGCUAAAUGCAAGAUAUGGAGAUUUGUUUGCAAAUCGUUACAAAUGUAGUUUUUUUAUAAAUCACCAGGAACCCACAAAUCACAAAGGCCUUUCCUUUAAAGUUUAACGAUCCACCGUUAAAGUUCAGUUCCAGCCAGUAGUUGAGUUGAAAAGCCGGAAUACUAUGCUCAAAUCCUCAAAGGAUUGGUGGCACUCAAAUUACAACUUCGCAAAAACGAUGACGAUCUAUCUAUUCCGAGCCUUGGUAGACUGUUCACAGUCCCCUAUUUUUUCGUGAGAUCGUUCGGAUAUAGCGCGUCUUACCGUCAAUGACGGCCCUCUUUAUUUUCAAAUGUACCGAGGGGGCGGGCGUCGGGGUUUAUAGCUGUAGUUUUGACACUCCCGCAAGAUAGAAGCCCGUAACGCAAAGCGCUCGAUCUCGUCGAUCUUACGGAAAAAUAGAGGACUGUGAACAGUCUAAAGCCUUGGAUAUCCAUGAUUCCGGCAAAAUUUCUCGGAAAAUCACGCACGUGAUUACGCUACACUCAAGUGUAAAAAAGGUACCACGACAGUCGUUGUCAUAGACAAUAACUGUCGACCAAUGGGCGCGCUAGAAUUUCGACUGUUACAUGAAAAUAGAAAGUCCAAGGUCCAUGAGAACAGUUCAUUUCUGAUCAAGUUACGCAUAAUCAUUCCACCCAUAUUGGGCCGACCAUGGAUGUGCAACAACUCUUCAGAAAUCUUCAGAAAGAAGCAGAGUGUCCGUUCUGUUUAGAGACAGUUAACAAGCCCAAGACUUUGCCAUGUCUUCACUCAUUCUGCCUUGAGUGUCUCGACAAACAUGCAGGCUUCGCCAGAAGGCAGCUGCAAGCGACGAUCAAAUGUCCGGUUUGUCAGACAUCUUUUCAAAUCCCCGAAGGCGACUCUUUCAAGAACUUGCCCACUUCUUGUCAUCUCAACCAAUUGGUGGAUGUUCUGGCUCUUAAAGAUAGCGGCGCAGAGGCCCAAAAAUGUGGCAGUUGUGAUGAGAACAACACUGCUUCCUCUUACUGUUUCGUGUGCCAGAACUUUCUUUGCACUGCUUGUUUUGAAGCUCACCAACGCUUGAAGGCCACAAGAGGUCAUCGCAAUGUUGUGAUAGAGAAAUUACAAGCACAAGAUGUGGAAGAUUUGAUCCACAGACCUGUCAUGUGUUCACAGCAAUAUCACGAAAAUCAGCCGCUGGAAUUUUAUUGCGAAGAAUGCAAAGUUCUUAUUUGCCACAAGUGCAGUGUAGUUAGCCAUAAUCGACACACCAUGACAGACACUCAGAAAGCUGCACAAGUACAAAAGACGCAAAUGAUGGACGCUUUGGAGAAAGUGAAAGCGGAAACCGUUGUUUACCAGAAACAAGUACGGAAACAAACCGAGUUAAUGGAUAAGAACAAGAAAGAAAUUAUGUCGUGCGAAAAGAAGAUGACAGAUUUAGUGGAAGACUUGAUUCGCGAUUUGCGGGAACAUGAGAGGAUGAUGAAAACCAAAUUUGGUGAGAUUUAUGAAGCGCAACAAAAACAUCACGCAACACAACUAGAAAACUUUGAGUUGGUUUUGACUCAACUGAAAAGUUGCGUUGAACAAGGAGAGACUAUCGCACAAAGAAACAUCAGUGCUGAAAUUCUGCAAACAAACCGAGCUAUUAUUAAACGCUGUGAAGAACUUCUAAAAGCCAGAAAACCUGACAUUUAUAAGCCUUCACACGUAAGUUAUAUGGUUGAACAGAAAGUGAAGAUUUUGGAUCGUAUUGUUGUCAGUGACACAGAUUCUUCGCUGUCGUUGGCUGAAGUGGCAAGUCUGAAAGAUGUAAGAGAAAAAACGGAAACAAAUUUUACCAUUGUAACCCGAAACUCGGAUGAGGAACAGUGUUAUCAUGAAGAGGAUGUGAUUAAAGUCAAUAUAUUAAAUCCCGCAGGUGAUCAACUGGAAACAGAGAUAAAAGACACCGAAGACGGCAAGUACACAGUAAGAUACACACCACAGUGUGUUGGACAACAAAGAGUAGAGAUCCAAGUUAAUGGACAGCCGCUGACUGGUAGUCCCUGGGUUGUGCAGGUGAUUCCGCAUAAGUAUCAAUUUGCGUUUCAAUUUGGAUCAGGAGGAAAAGAGCAAGGACAGUUUAACUGGCCUUGGGGUAUUGCUGUGAAUGAUAAAAGAAGAAUACUUACAAUUGCUGAUGUAAACAAUAACAGAGUUCAGAUGUUUGGCUUUGAAGGGAAUUUCCUCAGAGAGAUUCCACUGAAGGGUGUCCCUCGUUCGUUGGCUUUUACCGAGUCAGGUGACCUCCUUGUCCAUGUUUUUGUUGACAGCAGCAUUUUUCUUUAUUCUGAAAGUGGUCAGUUUAUCAGCUACAUCGGUGGUGAACAUGUAAAGAAUCCGAGGUACGUAUCUGUCUCCAGUGAUGGUCGCAUUAUCACUAGUGACGCUUAUGACGAGACAAUCAAAGUUCUUACAGCUGAUGGGAAAAACUUACUUCAGUCGUUCAAAGCCACAGGUUGUGAUAACACCCCGGACUGUGUCGUUUAUCACCAGGACAAAUUCUUUGCUUCUUUUUCUUCUGCCUGUCGUGUCAUGGUAUUUAACAACGCAGGGGAGUAUCUAUAUGACAUUGGCAGCAAGGGAUCUUUUGACGGGCAGUUCUUGAAACCCACUGGUCUCGUUAUUGACAAGUUUAACCGUUUGAUCGUUUGCGAUGCUGGAAACAGUAGACUGCAACUUUUCACUCUUGUUGGAAAGUAUAUCGCUAAGAUAGCUGGAAGUUUUUUUGAGGAUGCCUUUCCUCGUUAUGCUGUCAUCUCCAAUACUGGAUAUUUGUUUGUUACUGAUACUGAUCUAGACUGUGUUCAUGUUUUCCAUUAG